GUGGUGAGGUUUGGAACCACUAACCCGGUUGUACACUUAUCACCAUGGUUGAGACCCGUACUGGGAAGGAGACUAGCCCCUACACCCCUGAGCAACAAGCAAAGAUAACCGCCUUAGUGAAAGAGAACAGGGAGAGAAAAGAGCGCGAGAAGCAAGCUAAGUUAAAGGCUAUCACAGAUGAGCAGGCGGCAAAGAUGAAAGAGAUAGAGGAGGAGAUGGAGAAGAAGAAGAGGGUUGCUGAAGAGGAAGCGACAACAGAAGAAGAGAAAGAAAGAAUGAGGAUCGAGAGUGGAGAAGGGAGCAGCAGUAGCACGAUGAAGAGGGACACAAAUGCAGACAUUGAGAAGAAGAUAAGUGAGUGGAUUGCUAAUUUAUCGUUGGGGGAAGACGAGGAGGCGGAGUCAUAUGAGUGUAGAGCGGAGGUGCUGGCCCAGCCAGAUGAUAAGGCCAAGUGGGACAAGGUACUGGGCUACGUAGAGGUGUUGAGCAAGGCCUGGAUGGAGGAGCGCCAGGCAAGUUGGAGCCAGGAUGUAGCGUUGAGUGCCAUGCAAUCCGGUUUCAAGGAUUUUGCGCGCGAAGUCGUCACCCACAUUAGGGGUGAAGUCAAACAGUUGAGGGACAAUGUAGGAAAGUUCUCUGAAGGCGCCAUUGAAGGUGCACAAGCCAUAGCCGCUGUAGAUGGCGAGGCCAUACCCCGUAAGGAGCCUGUCAAGCUCAAGUUCCCAGACGCGUACGGAGGAAAGAAGGAGGGGAACUUUGAUAACUGGGAGGCCAGUGUCAACAGUUACAUUUAUUUACAGCAUAUCCUGAUAGAGGAGCAAGUCCUCAUGGCCUUCCAGGCCCUGAGGGACGAAGCGGCUAGCUUCGCCACGUCCCUUGCGCGUGCAGCCGGUUGUGAAAACAACCUGGUUGCAUAUUCCAAAGUCAGCCCCCUCUCUCAGUUCCUCAAGCUCCUUAAGGAGCGAUUUGCUGACCCAACGCGAGGCGUCAGAGCCUCAGACAAGUUGCAGACAAUUCACUCACAGCAAUGGAGGAGUGCCAAGGCACUCAAGGGUACCAUGGACGACUUGGUAGCCGUCCCGGACCAUCGGGUCACUGAGCCCCAGCUGGUUAUCGUGCCAUGCCAGAGGCCCUACGCGGGCAUUUCUCUGACAAGUCUCAGCAGGCCGGCAUCACUUACGAUGCAUUGAGUAGAGAAGUCGUCCUGUAUGAGUCGAAGUCUAUGCCAGUUACCACUUUCUGGCAUAAGGACCUGGAGAAGG